CCGGACUUGUAUCGAAUCCAUGUUACCGUUGGCCAAGCAUGGAUCCACUUAGUCACAUCUAGCAAGGGGGGCGAGCAAAUGAAAUGGGCUCAGGACCAAGCCCCAAAGCAAAACCCGAGCCUGCAAAAAUGGAAAUGAGACUGGGUCGCAACCCGGUGGCCGCGGCACUAAAAGUUCGGGCUCGUGGCAUUUCCGAGAGGAGAGGGGACCCUGUUUUCUUCACGAGCCUUGUGCUAACUGCUCUCAAGGAUGCUUCAUUGUAUUGGCAAUAA